AUGAGUCGUGCCGUCUUAUUGUUGAUGAAGGAGCUAUGGCUUAUGGAGAGGUCUACAUUUCCCACAGCUUGCAUUCACGGUUUAGUCAACACACCUUGGGAAGGCGGUAUAUUCAAACUCGAACUCCUCUUUCCCGAAAAUUGGAAUGAAACUCCCCCUGCAGUGUACUUUGUCACUGUUCCCUUUCAUCCAAAUAUAAAUCUGCAAACGGGCCGUCCAUGUGUUGACUUUCUCGAUGACGUUGCCAAGUGGUCGCCCAAGAUUUCAAUAGUGCAGAUUCUUGUAUAUUUACAGGCCAUGCUGGAAAGUCCGAUACUAGAGAAUGCAGUGAAUGGCACUGGCGCGCAGAUAUAUGCUACGUCGCCGAGACUCUACACGCAAUUAGUAAGGGAUUGUGUGAUUGCUAGUCGGCGGAUAGAUGCCGGACUAUCGCCGCAUGAAGACCCGGUUCCUGAAGUGGAAACACUCAUACCAGCCAAAUACACGCCUUUGGACCAACCGCCUGGAACCAAGUCAACACGUGGUGCACGGUGGAAGGUUCAUCAAGUCUCAUUUGAAGAAUAUUAUGAGCAUUGGAAGGCAACAGCUACGACAAUACCCCCAGCAGUGGAAAGUGCUGAAGAUUUAACGAGACACCGUUUAGAGAUACUACAGCAGCAUAGAAGCCAAUACGAGCUAUAUAACAAGCGGAAGGCCAAACCUGGUAAACAGCCUCGUGGACGUGUUAGCCAAUUGCAACACAUGUUUAGACGAUACUUUGACAUGAACAAACGAACACCAAUUCCAUCUGGUGCACGAUCGCCUGUCAGCGGAUGGCAUUCUGACGAUGAAGCUGAAGCACAUCACAAAGUACAACAUCAACGGACGAAAAGGACUGCGUCUGUUGGAUCUGAUCGAGCUGGGAAAUCAACAAACAAGCAACACACAAGUAGAGCUAGAAUGACCAUUAUUAAGGACUUUGAUGAAUUGGAGGAUGACCUUUUAGAUUGGGCUUCUAAUUUGGAUGAAGAUGAAGGACUGUAA